AUGAAGCUUCAGUUCUCCAUUGCUGCACUUAUCUUCCUUUUCCUUAUCCGGCAUUUCCCUUCCUCGGUUAUUGCUGACCUGAAUUCUGACAGACAAGCCCUCCUUAACUUUGCUGCCGCUGUCGGCCAUACCCAAAAGCUCAACUGGAAUGCUGCUGCACCAGUUUGUGCCUCUUGGGUAGGAAUCACUUGCAAUCUAAACAAAACUAGUGUCACUGCUAUCCAUCUUCCAGCUGUUGGACUCUUUGGCUCCAUCCCAGCCAACAGUAUAGGCAAGCUUGCUGCUCUUAGAGUCCUGAGCCUUCACUCCAAUUUCCUCUAUGGAAGUCUUCCUUCUGAUAUCCUAUCCAUUCCUUCUUUGGAGUAUCUUUACCUCCAACACAAUAACUUCUCUGGUGUGUUUCCUGCCUCUCUGUCCCACAACCUCAUUUUGUUAGACUUCUCCUUUAACUCCUUUUCUGGAGACAUUCCAACAACAGUUCAGAAUCUGACACGCCUCACCGCAUUGAGCCUCCAAAAUAAUUCCCUCUCUGGAGCCAUACCUAAUCUGAACCUCCCAAAGCUUAAGCUUUUGAAUAUGAGCUAUAACAACUUCAAUGGAUCAAUUCCAUAUUCCCUAAAAGGUUACCCGGAUUCUUCAUUUACUGGGAAUCCUCAGUUAUGUGGGGCACCUCUCAAAAAUUGUUCCAAGACCUCCUCUUCACCUUCUGCUUCCCCUACUUACUUGCCACCCUCACCAACAGUCCAGAAAAAUCACCAUGCUACCCUCAUAAAAAAACUUGGCCAUGGUUAUAUUACUGCUGUGGCAAUUGGGGGCUCUGCAGUGUUGGUUGUUUUAGUCCUGAUGAUUGUCAUAUGCUGUUCGAAAAGGACUAGCAAAGAAGGGCUGAAAGGGAAGGCCUCUGGUGAUGGAAAGAGUGAGAUGCCUAGAGAUUUUGGGAGUGGAGUGCAAGAGGCAGAGAAGAACAAAUUGUUCUUCUUUGAUGGAUGCUAUUUCAACUUUGAUCUUGAGGAUCUACUGAGGGCAUCGGCUGAAGUUCUUGGUAAAGGAAGUUAUGGCACAACUUAUAAAGCUGUUUUGGAUGAGGAAACAACAGUUGUGGUGAAGAGGCUAAGGGAAGUUAUUGUGGGUAAGAGGGAGUUUGAGCAGCAUAUGGAGGUGGUGGAGAGAGUUGGGAAGCACCCAAAUGUUGUGCCUCCGCGCGCUUAUUAUUACUCCAAGGAUGAGAAGCUUUUGGUCUACAACUACAUGCCAGCAGGAAGCUUGUUUGCACACUUGCAUGGAAGCAGGGAUGCUGGAAGGUCUCCACUAGACUGGGAUUCAAGAGUAAAGAUUUCUCUUGAAGUAGCCAAGGGAAUUGCCCACAUUCAUUCUGAGGGUGCUAAAUGCAGCCAUGGCAACAUAAAGUCCACCAAUGUCCUCCUAACCCAAGACCUUGAAGCUUGCAUCACUGAUGUUGGGUUGAGUCCUCUAAUGAACUUCCCUGCAACCAUGUCACGAGCCACAGGAUAUCGUGCUCCCGAGGCAACGGACAUGCGGAAAAUCUCUCAUAAAUCUGAUGUUUACAGCUUCGGCGUGCUCCUCCUCGAAAUGCUGACAGGCAAAACCACACUUCAAUAUCCAGGACAUGACAGUGUGAUUGAUCUGCCAAGGUGGGUAAAGUCUGUCGUGCGCGAAGAAUGGACAGCUGAGGUUUUUGAUCUGGAGCUGCUAAGACAACAACACAUUGAAGAAGAGAUGGUGCAGAUGCUUCAGAUUGCACUGGCAUGUGUAUCAAAGUUUCCCGAGGCACGCCCCAGCAUGGAUGAAGUUGUUAGAAUGAUAGAGGAAAUUCGGCAAUCUGACACGAAAACUAGGCCAUCCUCUGAGUCUGAGCUUGACGUGCAAACCCCGUGA